AUGUCUAGAUUCCCCAAUACUAGGAUUGAAACUAAUAACUUGAACAAUAAUCGAAAUGAAGAAGUAAAGAAAAGAAAUCUUAAAGAUAAUUUUUCAUUUAACAAUGACAUUUUAAAAUUAACAAGUGCUGAUUCCAGUAAACCUCAAAGAUUACACAAUUUUCAGGAAGGGUCUGUUGAAAAUAAUUUACCAGUAUACACUACAACUACAACCAACAAUACCAAUUUAGAUUUUUUAAUAGAGGCGAGUAUAACUGUUGAAAAUAAUAAUAAUGUUGAUAAUAGUUGUUGUUGUUCAAAGAAUGAGUCAGGUUUAGAAUACUGGAAUAGACAGAGAGAGUUAUGGACUCGUGAAAAUUCAGAUGGUUCAGGGCCUUUCAGUAAUAAAAAUAAUCCAGCUUUGGUUAAUUUUACGCCAAAAAAUUACAAUAAAAUAUAUGAUUCAUUGAUUUAUGGAAAGAAAAAAUUGUCAAAACCUAUUCCUUUGCCAUAUGUGAUCAAAGUAUUAGUUAGCGGAUGGAAAAGAGAUGGAAUUUGGCCUAGUGACCAGCCAUCACCAACUUCAAGCACAAACACCCAAGUGCCACUUUAG